UGAGUGACAGCGUCGAGAGGGCCGGGCCCCUGGUCGCUAUGGCUGUGGGUCCUGAGGCAGGAUGCAGUGGGUCCGGAUGGUGGAAAGAGUGCAAUGGAAGUCGGUAACUGUGAAUUGAGAGGCACAAUGCCAUCGGUUGGGAGCAGGAAUUUUAAAGAUAUAAGUGUACAGCAAUCUAUCUCUCACUGAACAAUGAGGAACUGUUCUGCGGCAAGAUGGAGCUGCCUCCGGCCUGAGAUGUUUCCCCGCCUGAUAUCAGAUGUUGUCCGGCCCUUGCAGUACCACUUGUCAAGCAAGUGCCAGAGGAGCAGCUCGACUGCACCCGAGUCAAGCGUGAGGCCAUUGCCUAGUCAGGCCCAUGUGGUGAUCUGUGGUGGAGGGAUUGUAGGGUCUUCGGUGGCGUAUCACCUCUCCAAGCUCGGGUGGAAUGAUGUUGUGUUGCUGGAGCAAGGACGGUUAGCUGGAGGAACUACCCGUCUUUGUGGUGGCAUUGUAAGCACUGUCAAGCAUAUUGGCAUAGAAACCCUGAUGGCAGACUAUUCAAAUAAACUUUAUCAGCAUUUGGCACAAGAAACUGGCAUCGACACCGGUUAUGUGCAAACUGGAUCAAUCUCACUAGCUCAGACACAGGAUCGACUUAUCUCAUUGCGCCGUCUUGUUUCCCGAUUACAGGUUAUGGGAAUUGCCUGUGACAUCAUCAGUCCAAAGCAAGUAGCACAACUACACCAUCUAGUGAACAUCCAUGACCUGGUUGGAGCAAUGCAUGUCCCAGGGGAUGCUGUCAUCUCACCACCAGAUGUUGCUCAGGCACUGGCAAGAGUUGCUGUAAACAGUGGUGUCAAGAUAUAUGAAGGCACCAGUGUCAAUCGUGUGAUGGUCGAGGAUGGUCAUGUGACUGGAGUAGAAACUGACAGAGGGCACUUAGAGUGUGAAUUCUUUGUGAAUUGUGCAGGCCAGUGGGCGUAUGAGCUUGGUUUAGCAAGUGCCGAGCCAGUAUCUGUCCCGUUGCAUCCCUGUGAGCACUUUUACCUGGUGACACGACCCCUCAAACAGGCACUACCCCUUGGCUCGCCAGUGAUCGUGGAUCUUGACGGUAGGAUCUAUAUCCGCAGCUGGCAGGGUGGCGUGCUGUCUGGGGGUUUUGAAAAGAACCCCAAACCUAUUUUUACAGAGGGCAGGAACCAACUUGAAUUCCAGAACAUGCGUGAAGAUUGGGAUCACUACGAGCCACUGCUGGGUGCAUUGCUGAGGCGGAUGCCCUCCUUGGACACCACGGAGAUCCUGCGGCUGGUGAACUGUCCAGAGUCCUUCACUGCUGACAUGAGAUGCAUCAUGGGAGAGUCAGCAACCGUGAGGAACUACUUUGUGCUGGCGGGAAUGAACUCCUGUGGCUCAUCCUUCGCUGGUGGAGCAGGAAAGUUCUUGGCCGAAUGGAUGGUUUACGGAUACCCCUCAGCAAAUGUCUGGCCACUAGACAUCAAACGCUUUGGAGUCCUCCAGAGCAGCCGCACUUUCCUUCGACAUCGUGUCAUGGAAGUGAUGCCGCUAAUGUAUGAACUGAAGGUUCCCCGAUGGGAUUUCCAAACUGGCCGACAACUCAGAACGUCUCCCUUGUAUGAUCGUUUGGAUGCACAGGGUGCUCGCUGGAUGGAAAAGCAUGGUUUUGAGAGAGCUAAGCAUUUUGUUCCUCCUGGGAAAGAUUUGCUGCAGUUGGACCAGAGGAAGACCUUCUACAAACCUGAUUGGUUUGACAUUGUUGGAGCAGAAGUGACAUGCUGCAAGGAGGCUGUUUGUGUAAUUGACAUGUCAUCUUUCACCAAGUUUGAACUUAGUUCCUCAGGUGACCAAGCACUUGAGGUUUUGCAGCACCUCUGCUCCAAUGACUUGGAUGUUCAAGUAGGACAUAUUGUGCACACAGGAAUGCUGAAUGAUCAGGGUGGCUAUGAGAACGACUGCAGUGUUGUGCGACUCAGCAAACGCAGUUUCUUUAUCAUUUCCCCCACGGAUCAGCAGGUACAUUGUUGGUCUUGGCUCAAGCAGCAUAUCCCCAGAGACAAUCAGCUGCAGCUUGAGGAUGUAACCUGGAAAUACACAGCACUGAACUUGAUUGGACCCCGUGCAAUGGAUGUUCUUUCUGAGUUGUCUUACGUCCCAAUGACUCCAGAUCACUUCCCUUCGCUGUUCUGCAAGGAGAUGAGUGUUGGUUAUGCCAAUGGUAUCCGGGUGAUGAGUAUGACACACACAGGAGAACCCGGUUUCAUGCUAUAUAUUCCCAUUGAGUACGCACUUCAUGUCUACAAUGAAAUCAUGAAUGUGGGGCAGAAGUAUGGAAUCCGGAAUGCUGGCUACUAUGCACUACGCAGCCUCAGGAUCGAAAAGUUCUUUGCAUUUUGGGGCCAGGACUUGGAUGCUAAAUCAACACCAUUAGAGUGUGGUCGUGAAUUCCGAGUCAAAUUUGACAAGGGGAUUGACUUCAUUGGCCGUGAGGCAUUACUACAACAAAGACAGAAAGGAAUUUGCCGACGCUUUACCAUGUUUAUCUUGGAUGAUCAUGACAUGGAUCUUGACCUCUGGCCCUGGUGGGGAGAGCCCAUAUACCGGAAUGGAAGCUAUGUUGGUAUGACAACCAGCAGUGCCUACAGUUACACACUGGCCCGCCACGUUUGCUUAGGUUUUGUUCACCAUUACGAUGAAGACUCUGGAGCCAAGCUGGUGGUGACCCCAGAGUACGUCAAUUCUGGGAACUAUGAGAUCGAGAUUGCUAGACAGCGCUUCAGUGCCAAGGCCAAACUUUAUCCAUUCAGCUCCCUGUUUACCCAGAAACGGAGGAAGGAUGAAAUGGAACUGAGCAGCUUUCAAGGGAAAUGAGACACAGCAGUGCUUUCCGGCAUUAAGAUAAUGAUGAUUUGAUGUCUCUCCCCUCCCCUAACCUCCCCUCAUUCUUAAAGGCAAAGUCGUUUCUCUGGUCUUUUGUUUAUUGUAUAUAAACAGCUUUUAAAAAGGUUCUGUGCCUGAAGGUACUGUAUUUGGUUUUGCUUGCUUUAACCUACAGUGGAAAAUGCUGCUGUGAAUUGGUGCAUUACUUUUGUUGUGUCUUUUUUUCAAGCAAAUUCAGAGCCCCUGGUAUUUUGGUUCCUUUGCUUUUUUUUCCAGAUGAAGUUGUAUGUUUUUGCAGGGAGGUACGGGCCUUGCAUUGCUCAGCAAAUAUUUGGGGUGAUCCUUUUGUUGAUGACACGGGUUUCUGUGGUAUUAGCCACUUCAUAAGUGAGUAGAAGGUUUGAAGCAUCUCAACAAAACACUCUAUUUUCACUUUGGAUCUGUACUAAUUUGUAUUUGUCUUCCAAGAACCAAUUAGGUGCAGAUAGCCUUAACCACUCAUUGAAGAAUCUGCUGACAUUGUAUAAUUUGUGUGGUUCUGUGUUGAUGAGCUCAAUUUAUUGUUAUGAGAAUUCUAGGAACUUGCAGUGAUACUUAGCUAUCUGCCAAUAACCCACCCAUGCAUGUCCAUUAUGUGUUUCUUAUAGUGAUCCCAAAUUGAAAAAGCCAGUAAAUAUAUAUUUUUUUGAGUUGUUUGUUAAAGUUGAGAAUGAGUGAGACAUCUAUGAGGAAUUUAUACUGAGAGGAACUAGAUAACAUAGGUUUUCCUAGAUUUAUGGGCACAAGGUAUAUCAAUAUCUUUUGUUUGGUUCAUCUCAGUGGGUAUAUGAGCUUUGUUUUAUCUAUACAUUAAUUUUGCAAGUUUCCUUAGUGAACACUUCCACUGGACCUCAUUCUUACUAUGUAAAGCAAAUCUUGCUAGGGUGUAGUAAAAAGAUGUUCUUGCCAGGAACUUCUAGUUAGUUAAGGCAAAUGUUUUUGAUUGUUUGCUGACUGGUUAGAUUUAUGAUUCAUUUGGUUAUUGCACAAAUGAUUGUUUCCACCCGUAUGGUUAACGACAUCAUUCUGAAUGAUGGAGAAUGUCAUUGUGUGUUCGUAUACUGCCAAAGAAUUAAUGCCAGAGUAUGGAGAUACUCAUUUACUGCAAUGUGCAGCUGUUUACUGAUUGAUUGUUGGGCUUGGGGUGGGCAAGUAUAUUCUCUGGGAACUCACGAUACAAAUUUGUUAAAAUAAGCAAAUUUCUUUUAGUGAGUUUUUUCCUGUACAAUAUAGGAACACAUGAGUCAUGCUGUGUGACAGGACCAAGACAUAAUUGCAACAUCUUGACUUAAAAAUGCGUGUGGUACACUCAAAUCCACUAUUGCUAAAUGAACAGUAUAUUUCACUUCUGGAAUAUGGAAAACAGUUGGACUCUUUCUAUGGUACUUGCUCCGUUAAAGCUGGGUUGCUGACCCUGAUACCUCAGUAGGCAGAUGUAAUGCUCAGUAGCGAACCAUGGCCUGGUAUUCAAAAGGUUCAAGGCUCUGUGUGGUUCAGUCGACAAUUGACCACCUUCUCCACGACUUAAUAGGAGUUAUUAAUUCCUAUUGGAAAGCGAUAUUUGGAUUGUGGGGGAGACUAAUAUGCCAAAACUUCUAGCCCAUUAUAACUAAAUAACCUAUUAGCAGACACCAGUUUGGUUUAACAAGUUGGAGGUAAUGUACUUAAAAAUAUAUAUUAUGGAGUUGCAUUUUCCUUCCAGAGGGCUGUCUGCUGAACACGCAUGACAAUAAUGAUGCAACAGCUCAGCCUCUUUUCCUGUUGAAAAAUUAGUUCCUUUUUAUCGUGUGCACCACAGUUCUCUUUAAUAAAUUAACGCCUGAGAUUUCAGAAGAUUAGUUUUGAAGAUUACUUAAUGGUUUUCUUCCAAGACAAGUGUAUGGGCCAGAGGAGAUGAGGUUCAUUGUUUUGCAAGGUUUUUUUUUUAGCAACCUUUUGUGACUAAGCCGUUUAUUACACUCACUUUUUCAAUAGUGGGUCCAGCUAACACUGGUAACUUAAGUUGAGUGUACAGUAUCUCAGUCUCCUGCACUUUGCUGCACAGUGCAGUGACAUGCAUUGUUUAACUCAGUUAUUGAAGAACCAUGAAUUUAGCUGAAGUGAAGAAAGUGGAGACUUCAGAAGUAAGGCAGGUUACAUUUCUCUUUGGUGUUUAUUUUAAAUUGAGAAUUUUAUUUAUAAGGAGUCUAGUUUGUAUAAGUAAUUAAAAUAUUUAAAAACUUAAACAUAUUUGCAUAAAUUUGUGGUACUUAAUAUUGGUCACCUUUCCAGUGACAACCUAUUUGUAUGAAGUGAAUGUAAAAACAGAAAAUUGCACCUCUUUUUAAUAGAUAACAUUUCAAAACAUGACUAGUCUCUGGAU